GGGGCCGCCGUGGCGGGAGAAGCGCUUCCGGUGGUGGCGGAGGCGGCGCCGAGCGGGUCCUGAGAGCGGCGCGGGCGGUGGCCCGGGGGGGAGCGAUCAGAAGUCUCAAAUGGUUUUGUGUUGCUUCUGGAGGCUCCAAGGAUGAACCUGUUUCCUAUGCUGUUUCCAGCCGUCCAGCGGCUGUGCACCUUCCUUGGCUCGAGGCCUGGCAUCACUCCACGCUCUGCUUGCCCCUCGUCACAUCCACUUCCCUGACUCUGCCUCUCCUGCCUCCUUCUUCCUCUUAUAAGGACCCGGCCUGAAUAAUCCAAGUCCAGGACAAUGUCUGGAGAACUUCCACCAAAUAUUAACAUCAAGGAACCUCGAUGGGAUCAAAGCACUUUCAUUGGACGAGCCAAUCAUUUCUUCACUGUAACUGAUCCCAGGAAUAUUCUCUUAACCAAUGAACAACUGGAGAAUGCAAGGAAAGUAGUGCAUGAUUACAGGCAAGGAAUUGUUCCUCCGGGUCUCACAGAAAAUGAGUUAUGGAGAGCAAAGUACAUCUACGAUUCAGCUUUUCAUCCUGACACCGGUGAAAAGAUGAUUUUGAUAGGAAGGAUGUCAGCUCAGGUUCCAAUGAACAUGACCAUCACAGGUUGUAUGAUGACAUUCUAUAGGACCACGCCGGCAGUGCUCUUCUGGCAGUGGAUCAACCAGUCCUUCAACGCCGUGGUCAAUUACACCAACAGAAGUGGAGACGCUCCCCUCACUGUAAAUGAAUUGGGAACAGCUUAUGUUUCUGCAACAACAGGUGCUGUAGCAACAGCUCUGGGACUCAAUGCAUUAACCAAGCACGUCUCUCCGCUCAUAGGACGAUUUGUUCCCUUCGCUGCGGUAGCUGCUGCUAAUUGCAUUAAUAUUCCAUUAAUGAGGCAAAGGGAGCUCAAAGUUGGCAUUCCUGUCACAGAUGAAAACGGGAACCGCCUGGGGGAGUCGGCAAAUGCUGCCAAACAAGCCAUCACGCAGGUGGUCGUCUCCAGGAUCCUCAUGGCGGCCCCCGGCAUGGCCAUCCCUCCGUUUAUCAUGAACACUCUGGAAAAGAAAGCCUUCCUUAAGAGGUUCCCAUGGAUGAGCGCACCUAUUCAAGUUGGAUUAGUUGGUUUCUGUUUGGUGUUUGCUACACCUCUGUGCUGUGCUCUGUUUCCUCAGAAAAGUUCCAUGUCUGUGACAAGCUUGGAGGCGGAGCUGCAAGCCAAGGUCCGAGAGACCCAUCCUGAAUUACGGCGCGUGUACUUUAACAAGGGAUUAUAAAGUAGGGAAAGAAACAUCUUCAGAGUAUCCUGCCAACCACAAGGCUGGUGUAGCCAAGUUGGUGAGGAAUGUCCUCGUCGACCUGGGUUCUCCCGGUGACAGGAACCUUUUCAAGACCCACAUUAGCCUUUUAGAGUCAAGCUGCUACUACAGCACAGCACCUGGGGUGGCCCAGGUGCCCCACACCUGUGGGCCCCUUACAUUUGAAUCAUGGUAUAAUUUACAGAAACACCCCUCCUGUAGCUUUUGUAGUCACUGUUUUUUCAAAGACAGCAUCCCAACCCUCACCCAGAGUUUUCAAAAGCACCAGUAGGCGUAGAGUAGAUAUCCCCUACGUUGAUUGUCAGUCAGUGAAAAGGAAAUCUGUUUAAAAUACUGAAUUUUAAACCACUCUUGUUUCAAAUCAAGGAGAGCUCAGUAGUGAGUUGAGAAAACACAAAAGCUCUGAGGCUAAACUGAAAAAAAAUGACUCGUACACAUUAAGGACAGUUUGCUUUUCUGCCCAGUUUGGGCAGGAGGCAGCCUGAAGCAGAUGGUGAGUUUUUCGGAUUUGCAAGAUAGAAGCUCCUUCGUAUACCUCCCAAAAGUCAAAGUGAUAGACAGUUGUGAUGCAAGGUCCCUGCUGUCAACAGCUGUGUGCUUUCAUAUUGCUGGUGGAUUUCUUUGGUUGAGUUUUAAAUUUAUCCUAUUUUACAUUCUUAUGAAGAUAUUAAUCUUACCUUGUACUUGUUGACUUUACAUUCAAUCAUUUUAAAUCAACCAAGCAAAUAACUAAAAUGCACAAAUGUCAAAUUUUGGAAGUAUAUUCAAAACCAGCACUGUAUGACUGGGUUGAAUCUGGCUUGAUUUUUUUUUUUUUUUUUUUAA